AUGUCAGAAUUUUUAAUAUGUGCUAGGCAUUCAUUAUUUAUUUAUUUUGGUGUAAUACGGCCUCAACACCAAGCUAUUGUAAUACUUCCUGCUGCUGCCUUUCCACAAGCUCCACUAGCUUUAUUACCACUCAACGUUUAUCAGCAUCGGGAACUGAAACUUCCAGCUAUUCCUGUGCUCACUGCUACUGCUUUACCACAAGCACCACUACAAGAAGCACCAGCUUUAUUACCACUGCACGUUGAUCAGCAUCAGGAACUGAUUGCGAUGAAAUAA